AUGUGGCUGGCUCUAGCUCUGAUGUCCUUGGUCCAUGGGAUGGUAUCUGGGCAGCAGCUCUUUGAUUUUCUAUUUUCUAAGAAUCCAGAAGCACGUAUGAACAUUAGUGAAAUGGUCUCCUUCUGGGGAUACCCCAGUGAGGAGUAUGAUGUGGUGACUGAAGAUGGAUAUAUCCUUCAGAUUAACAGAAUUCCUUAUGGGAGAGGAAAUGCUGGAAACAAAGGUCCAAGGCCUGUUGUAUUUCUGCAGCAUGGUUUAUUUGCAGAAGGCAGGAUGUGGGUUACCAAUUUGCCUAACAACAGUCUGGGCUUCAUUCUUGCGGAUGCUGGCUAUGAUGUUUGGAUAGGAAACAGCAGAGGGAACACUUGGUCCAAGCGACAUCAGGUCCUCUCUCCCAAACGAAAGGAAUUCUGGGCUUUCAGCUUUGAUGAAAUGGCUAAACAUGACCUCCCAGCAAUUAUAAACAUUAUUGAACAGAAAACAGGACAAAAGCAGUUAUAUUACAUUGGUCAUUCACAAGGCACCACUAUAGCUUUCAUAGCCUUUUCCACUAUACCUCACCUGGCUCAGAAAAUUAAAAUGCACUUUGCUUUAGCACCUGUGGCCACAGUCGCAUUUAUUCAAAGUCCAUUUAAAAAGCUAGCAUUCUUUUCUGACUAUGGUCUCAAGAGCCGAAUAGAUGUGUAUGCAGCACACGCCCCAGCGGGAACAUCAGUACAAAAUCUAAUCCACUGGUUGCAGAUUCAGAUGGGUCCACCGCUCUACAAUGUGAAAAACAUGACAGUGCCGACUGCCAUCUGGAGUGGCGGAGCUGACUGCCUGGCUGAUCCUCGCGACGUUGCCCUCCUGCUCCCACAGAUAGCUAACCUAGUUCACUACAGGGCAAUUCCCGAGUGGAACCAUAUGGAUUUCUUACUGGGUCUUGAUGCAACAGAGAUUUUGUAUCACGAAAUAGUCCAUAUGAUGAAGAAUCCAUAAAGCUGCUGUUUUGAGGCUACAGUUUUGACACAUUUUUGCUGAUAUGUCUUGUAAGAUUAACAUUAUGUUUGAAGUAUUUUGAAAUGUUUGACUAUUUGGACCACCUAAAUGUAGUAGACUAAAAUAUUCUGCCUUUAACUAGAGCAGUGAUGGGAGUGAGGAGAGGAGGCUGACUGCUGAGGCCGACAUCCGGGUAGGCACUUCAUUUCCUUUCCUUUCCCUUUCCCUUUCCCUUUCCCUUUCCCUUUCCCUUUCCCUUUCCCUUUCCCUUUCCCUUUCCCUUUCCCUUUCCCUUUCCCUUUCCCUUUCCCUUUCCCUUUCCCUUUCCCUUUCCCUUUCCCUUUCCCUUUCCCUUUCCCUUUCCCUUUUCCCUUUUAUUUUCAUCAGACAUGUUUCAUUCACAAGGUACAGAAAGGUAGAGGAAACAUAAUUAAGGAAUCUGGGGUUUCAGACACUUCUACUUAGUCUAGAGUCACAACUAUGUUUCCUCUGAGACACAAUGAAUCUCAUGUAGCCUUUCCUGUGUGGUAUGCUUUAAAGUGCUUGCAAUUCCCCUAAAAGCACACGGACUUAUGAAACUGGGAAUCUGGACCCCAUCGUAAAUGAAUUUAUUCCUGGCUUCAGCAGGGACAAAAAAUUCAAUAUUGCUGUCUCAGGACUGAUACUGUUACCCCGGACCUUUAAGACUACCAGCAUGGGUCAAAGAGAGCUUACAGGUCUGUGAUGAAAAAAACACUACAUCUCCUGAGAGGCAUCAUG